AUGACUAGGCUCUAUCAACAUCUCUUGGUCUUGGCAUUUGCUGUUAAGGAGAUCAACGAGAACCCAAAGAUCUUGCCUAAUGUCAGUCUCGGGUUCCACAUCGUUGACUGCUACUAUGAUGUUCGAAUGACCUAUCGUUCCACUCUGGAUCUCCUCUAUAAACUGCAUCGAUAUUUUCCCAAUUAUAAAUGUGAUGUCCAGAAAAACGUAAUAGCUGUCAUUGGAGGACUUAGCUUGGAAGUCUCUUCCUACAUGGCAGACCUCUUAAGUCUCUACAAGAUACCACAGCUCACCUAUGGCUCAUUUGCCCCAAAGCAGAAGGAUACAGGAGAUUCCUCUACGUUUUACCGCAUGGUCCCAAAUGAAACCCAGCAGUACAUGGGGAUUAUCAAGUUAAUUCAGCAUUUUGGAUGGAGGUGGAUUGGGCUGUUUGCUGUGGAUGAUGUCAGUGGAGACUAUUUCUUGCAGGAGAUGAAGCCACUGUUUUCUCAGCAUGGAAUCUGCUUGGCCUUCAUUACAAGAAUCCUAAACCAAGGCCAUUGGGAUCAUGUAGAUGAAAUAAUUGAUUUAGUUAAAAAGGUAUAUUUGUCUUUCACUAAUAACAAUUCCAGGACCUUUGUGCUCUAUGGAGAAUCUUCGACUUUUAUGACACUUAAUGCUUUUUUAUUUCUGGGCAAUCCUGAAUAUAAGGAGAAUAUUUCAUUUAGAAAGGUGUGGAUCAUGACAGCCCAAGUCGAUUUUACAUUAUUAAGUGCUCAAAGGUCCUGGGAUAUCCAGUUCUUCCAGGGCACCAUUUCAUUCACAAUUCACUCAAAGACAUGUCAAGGUUUCCAGAAAUUUCUUCAGUAUAGAAAUCUGUACACAGUACAAGGAGAUGGUUUUCUCAAGGAUUUCUGGGAACAAACAUUUGACUGUACAUUUCCAAACCCCUGGGGAGCAAAGCAAGUCAAUGAAACAUGUACUGGGGAAGAGAGGCUGGAGAGUCUCCCUGGCCCUGUGUUUGAAAUGAGUAUGACUGGCCACAGCUACAGCAUCUAUAAUGCUGUCUAUGCCAUGACACAUGCUUUGCAUGCCAUGUACUCAUCUAAACCCAAUCCCAGUGCACUUGUGGAGAGCAAACAAGUUUUCCUUAAAAAUCUUCAACCGUGGCAGAUCCAUCCAUUUCUUCAAGGAAUUUCAUUUAACAACUCAGCGGGAGAAACAGUGCUUUUUAAUGACGAUUUGGAAAUGGGCACUGGAUUUGACAUAACCAACUUGGUCAUAUUCCCAAAUAGGUCCUUCCUCAGGGUUAAAGUUGGAAGAGUGGAUCCAAAUGCAAAAGGAGAAGAAUUCAUCAUCAAUGAGGAGAUGAUUAUGUGGCAAACAAGUUUUAACCAGGUGCUGCCACUUUCUCUGUGUAAUGAUUACUGUGACCCUGGUUAUCAUAAGAAAAAGAAAGAAGGGGAGCCAUUUUGCUGCUAUGAUUGUGCUUCAUGUCCAGAAGGGAAGAUUUCAAACCAGAAGGAUGUGGACGACUGCAUCAAAUGCCCAGGAGAUCAAUACCCAAGCAAAGACCAUGACCAAUGUAUUCCAAAGACACUCAGCUUUCUAUCUUUUGAAGAACCUUUGGGGACUGGAUUAGCCUCCAUUGCAAUUACUUUAUCCCUAGUCACAGCCUUAGUGCUGAGAAUUUUCAUUAAGCACAAGGAUACUCCAAUCGUCAAAGCCAACAACAGGGAUAUCACCUAUACUCUCCUCAUGUCUCUUCUCUUCUGCUUUCUCUGCACCUUCCUGUUUCUUGGAUUACCUAGGAAGGUGACUUGCUUCUUAAGACAAGUGGCUUUUGGUAUCAUCUUCUCAGUGGCUGUUUCUUGUGUGUUAGCCAAAACCAUCACUGUGGUUGUAGCUUUCAUGGCCACCAAACCGGGGUCCAGCUCGAGGAAGUGGUUGGGAAAAAGACUGGCCAACUCUAUCCUUCUUUCCUGUUCCUUCAUUCAAGUGGGCAUUUGUAUGGUGUGGCUUGGAACCUCUCCCCCUUUCCCAGAUUUGGACCUACUCUCUCUCACUGAAGAGAUCAUCCUAGAAUGUAAUGAAGGAUCUUUCACCAUGUUUUUUAUUGUCCUGGGGUACAUGGGGUUUCUGUCCCUCACCACCUUGAUUAUGGCUUUCUUUGCCAGGAAGUUGCCAGACAGUUUUAAUGAAGCCAAAUUCAUCACCUUCAGCAUGCUGAUCUUUUGCAGUGUUUGGUUGUGUUUUCUUCCAACCUACCUGAGCACCAAAGGGAAAUACAUGGUAGCUGUGGAGAUUUUCUCUAUCUUGACCUCCGGUGCUGGGUUGCUGGCUUGUAUCUUUUCCCCUAAAUGCUACAUUAUUCUGCUGAGGCCUGAGUUGAACAAUAGGGAACUGCUCACAAGAAGAAAGAAUUAA